UCUCUCUCUCUCUCUCUCUCUCUCUCUCUCUCUCUCUCUAUGGGAAGGACCACCACUCUCUUCAGAGUCUCUCUCUUUGUGGCCUUCCCCUAUUAAUACUAAUUAAAUCCCUCCAUUCUCACACACGCCCGAGUUUCAGUUUCGCUUUCACUCCCCACCCACCCACCCACUCACAUUCUCUGUCUGUGUGUUCAUUAAGCUCAAUCGAAACCAGUGUUGAAAAACCCCCUCGCUCCCUCUUCGCCACUCAGUCAAGGAAUUGCGCUCUCGGGGAAAAGAGAAUGUCUCGCUUGGACCAUUCCUCGGAUGACUCAUCCGUGGACUCCAGAGAGGACAUCGGUCAAGAUUCGAAGCUGGAGUUCUCCGAAGAUGAGGAAACGCUCAUAACCAGAAUGUUCAAGCUUGUCGGUGAGAGGUGGUCGCUCAUCGCCGGGAGGAUUCCUGGGAGAACAGCGGAGGAAAUCGAGAAGUACUGGACUUCAAGAUAUUCGACCAGUGAAGACUGAGAAAGACCAAUCUCUGAGGCGCUUCGGCCACUUGAUGAAGAAGCAAAGUUUUGGCUUUAUCUGAGCGUAGUCUGGAUGUGCUUUUGCUAGUUGCUUUACUAAAGAAGCAGCAGGAAAAUGUCUUCAGGUUAAACUAGGAGGGAAAAGAAUCGAAGGGGCUCCUGUAAUGCAGGGUUAUGUAAGAUUGGGUUGGGUUCUAUCAGUGUAGAAUGAUGAUUCGCUUUUGGGUAAUUUUCGGACUCCAUGAUCUCACUGCUUUGUCUGUUUAUGGGAAUUUGGAGUAUGUGCAAAUGAAGUUUCUUUGAAUC